AUGAUUGCUGCCUACGAAGCCAGCCUCCCAUGGCUGCUGACCCUGCCUAGCCUCGUACCAACCCUCGAGGUUAGCCUGUUCCAACAUUAUGCUUAUACAUGCGUCCCCAUUGAAAACGCUUCUCUAAUCCGAGUGCAUACCCACAACAAAACUUCAAAACAUCAGACCACGGCCUCCAUUGUGCUGACGGUGGAAGCUUGGCUCAAGCCGCUUCUGCCCGAGCAUACCACCACCCAUCCCUUCUCGCACCUCGAUGCAUUUAUCAGCGGUGCCAUCAAGCAAGAUUUCAAUCCUGCGGCAGCUACUACCUUCCAGAAGAUCAUCAAUCAAACUCCACCAGACUUCCCUGACAUGGACUGGUCUGCUUUUCAAGCCACCAUCACACAGGCUCUCAACGCACUCGAACAGGCACUGGAAGCGCCCGAAGCGUUGAGCAGCCGCUUGAAGCAAUUGGAUCCCAACAGUGACAGCCAGGACUCAGUGCUGCAAGAGCUGCACGAUAUCAUUGCUGGGUUCGAGCUGCAGCCAGUUCUUCUUGAGCUUCAGGCCGUGCUGGCAGCAUGCCCCGCUCCACCCACCGCGCCAUUAAUCGCGCCUGAGACACCACCCACCGACCUGGCAGCGGCCCUGGGCAAAGUGAUCCCUCUAAGCGGCGUAGAAUCCAAGCGUCAAGAGCUGCUCACCGGUGCCAACAGCAACCUCAAGCACCUAGUGCUUGCCUUGAUCGAUGCCCUGGGCGCCGUGGCAAAAGCUGGAACCAGCGAGACGAUUCAUCGCGUGGAAACGCUACGGCAAUGCGCGCAAUGCGUGGAUGCAAGUGCACCGCCUCCAGCCGAGGCUUUGCCCGAGGCCUGGGAGGAGCUGUGCCAAGCUCACGAGAAGCUGAGCCUGCUCGAGCACAAUGGCCUUCAAAAAAUUGCUCAGUGGCAACCACCUACAGACUACGAGCAUCAGGAUUGGUACUUGGCGUUUGUGCACCACAAGUCGCAAGCUCUGCUGCAGCAGUUACAAGACAUGAUUGACUGGCAGGCCACGACGCUCUCCGUGUUGACCUCGUGCAUGAGUCAUGUGAACAGCUUGACUCAAGACGUUGAUGAUGAAUCGGCUGCUGCCCACGAGGAACUAACCAAGGUGGAGACUGAGAUUCAAAACAGCAGCGCAGCUCUACAGCUCGUGCCCAAAGUUCUUCGGUCUGCUCUCGAGCAAGAACUCAAAAAGCUAGAAACGCAACGCGACACCUUGCGACAGCAAUUAUCAGAUCAGCCACGUGUGGACCACGUCGUAGAGCUCGCCCGGCUUCUGCAACAACACUUCCCAGCGCUGCUGGUCUUUUUGCACCCUGAACAGAGCACGCUGGGAGCGCGGCUCCGCACAGUGCUUGGCCCCGACCUUCCAGCCAGUCUGAUCUUGGAGGCCAUGACUGAAGUGGACCGCACACUGUCACUCUCCAACCUGGGUCAGCUUGAUCUUCAUUAUAAUCAAAAUCACAAGGUGUACAAGACCCACGCCGUGAUACCAGAUUUUGGGGAGCAAGAUUUGGCUGUCAAGGACAAGGGCCUGGUGCACCGAGAUGUCAAGCUGAGCAACGUCAUGCUGGACGGUGCAGAGGACCAGCCCGUCGUGCGGUUGGGCGACUUUGACAUUACCAAGGCCGCCGCUGAAGCCACCAUGCUACCAUAUGGGAUUUUUAAGCGGGAGAUGAUGCCUUCAGCUUUCCUCAUCUGGCGGCCGAGCUGUGUUUCUGUGCAGAUGUGCGACGCAGUGAGCAAUCUGUACAAGGAAACACGAGCCUUUCUUGCAACAGAUUCAAAGCAACGACCAAGCCUCUUCAGUGCCGGGCAGAUCGUGCAGCAGUCUGCCUUUGCCCAAGCCGGGCCAGCCAUUGAUGUCUUGCGCGAUGCGCCCGAGCUUAUUCCAGAGGUGGGUGAGCUACUGAAGCAGCUGAACACCGAUGGGCGGGGACCAGCAAAUAUUGCAGUGCAACGGGUAGAGCGCGUGCACAACCCCGUGCUGUGGGAGCGCUACAGCGCCAAGCGACGCGAGAUGUUGCAUCGUAUCAAAAGUCAGGAGCACUAUGAUCAACUCCAAGCGUCCACAUUAGAUGCACCCUCCGGCUCUCCAGCUCUGCUCCGUGAUACAUCCUGUCAAGAGCGCCUGUUGCUCCACGGCAUCGGCCCUGACACAAUGCUGCGCGACAAGAUUGUGCGACUGGGCCUUGACUAUCGCUUUGCUGGCAGCAGUGCCGGCCACCGAUUUGGUCUCGGUGUUUACCUGGCCGACCAUCCCGGCAAGAGUCAUCAGUACGCUCGUGCCGGACCCAACGACAAACGGAUGCUCAUCAUCACGCGAGCACUCCUUGGCCAUGCCCAUGCCCAUCCAUCACCUCGUGCUGGGGCGGUGGCACCACCGCUCCUGCCCGAUGCGCCCAACAACGAGCGGUAUGACUCGGUUAUUGCAACGCCGCCUGGGCAAUUCCAUGAGGUGAUUGUGUUUGAGAACGCCCAAAUCUAUCCCGAGCUGGUUGUACACUACACGGCCAAUUAG